AUGGUGAGAGCUCGGCGCGUUUCUGACAGAUCUGAGCGCUAUAGCUUCUUCUUCUCUCUCGAUUGGAGCGCCGGUCCGCUGUUGGUUCUCGUUCACCGUCGUUUGAUAUCCUCUUCUCUUAUUUUGUGCGAAUCGCAGGGCAGUAGUGCGAAUUUGGAGGCGACGAUAGAGCAUUUGCAGAAUGCGGAGAAGCAGUCGAGGCUCGCCAGCGAGGUCGCCGCCACGAGGCAGGCCGUCUGGAGCUCUGCUUCCAGGCUAAGGACUGGAAGUCGCUGA